UAACGCAGUGCCGCUGUCGAGAGCGCAUCGGGUGGACGUCGCGUGUGCACCCAAUAUACUCCCGAAAAUGUACAUCGUACGACGUAUCGCUUACACUAUUUGUAACACUCAAAAACUUUUAUGAAAUGUCUUCAAACUCAGUGACGUCGUGCUGUGCCAAAUGAUUUCAUAGUUACUGUAGACAAAUUUAAUAAAUAAAGGGGGUUUAUUUUAUAUGUUUUGUUACGUGCGUGUAAGGAACAGUUCUUUGGAAUAUAGUGACAUCUAACACAUUAUGUGACGAAAAGUGUCAGAUGUCGACGUGUUAAUUAGAUGUCAAUUUAGACAUUUAGGGCUGUAAGUGGAAAAUGCUUUCGUAACUUAAUUAUGUGCCAGUGUUGGUGAAGACAGUGUCAAAUUAAAAGUAAAUAGUAAUUAAGAUGACAUGGGACAAAAUGGCCUGGAAUUUGAAGAGGAUGAAGCGGCAUUUGUACGUUUUGAAUGCAAUUUUGCUGUUCAUUUCGAUGAUUUAUGGUGCCGGUGGUCUUCGCACAACAGAACUCCGGAUCACGCCACGAGUCGUCCAGAAAGGCAAGAAUGUCACCAUGGCCUGUCUGUACGAGCUUCACGACUACGGAAUAUAUUCGGUGAAGUGGUACCGAGGUACCCAGGAGUUUUAUAGGUACUCUCCCUUGGAGAACCCGACCACCAGGGUACUUCCUGUUAAUGGAAUUAAGAUUGAUAGGUUAAGUUCAAACGAGACUCAUGUGGUGCUGUUGCGUGUGAUGCCAAACCUCAGCGGCAACUACAGCUGCGAAGUGAUCCAGAAUGCCCCCACCUACCCCCACUACGAAGCCACAGCGAGGCUCGAUGUCGUUGGCAUAGGUGGUCUCCGAGCAACAGACCUGCGCAUCUCCCCCCCAGUGGUCCAGCGAGGAUCUGACGCGACGCUGGCCUGCCUGUACGAGCUGACGGAGGCGCCUCUCUACUCCGUCAAGUGGUACCGAGGACGGCAUGAGUUCUACCGGUACUCGCCCACGGAAACACCGGCCACCAAGAUCUUUCCAUUUGCUGGGAUUAAUGUUGACCUGGCUAGAUCCAACCAGAGCCAAGUGGUGCUGACUAGAGUGAGUUUCGGCCUUUCUGGAAACUUCAGCUGCGAAGUGACGGCUGACGCGCCAUCUUUUGCCACCUCCAUUGUCUCCAAUACCAUGGAAGUUGUGGUUCUUCCACCGACUUCACCGAAAAUCCAAACGAGUCAACAUUACUACGCUCCUGGGGACGUUUUGCGAGCCAACUGCACGUCGGGUCCCAGCCGGCCGCCGCCUGAGCUGGCCUUCUUCAUCAAUGAUAUGCCUGUAACACCAGGGACAUACGAGGUCCAGCAGGCAGGAGAAGGGCUCGUCAGCGCGCAAUUAUACGUACAAAUUCAACUGUGGCCUGCGCACUACGAGCGAGGCGCACCGAUAUUACGCUGUGAGGCAAAAGUCACUGAUCUGUACAGAGAUGAUUCCGCUGUGGCCCUGUAUUCAGCAAACAGCGAUCCUAAGAUUGAGAGGGGUGAGUGGAAAUUGCGAUCACCAAGCUCCGGGGCGAGACAAGAGAUGUGCCAAGUUUUCCUAUUGUUUCUCAUUAUUGUGUGGGCGAAUAACACAUAGAAUUGUAAGUAAUGUGUAUAAAAAUAAUUAAUAAAAUAUAAAUAGAUGUAUUUGAUUCAGUCGGUGGGGAUUGUGAAAUAUAAUAGUAACCUAAAUGAGCUGAAAUUCGCCAAAGAACUGUAAAGACUAAGAAUAUUGUUGAUUUAAUACAAAUUAUAUAUAUAUGUCGAU